GAAAAAGCAGGCGGGGAGCACCGUCCCGCGGUAGCGGCGAGAUGGAGGUUCCCGAGCGGGGUCGCCGGGCCGAGGCUCCCUGGAAGAAGCUGUCUAAGGAGGAGCUGGAGAAUCAGUACAGCCCCAGCAGAUGGGUCAUCCGACUGGGAGCCGAGGAGGCCCUGAGGACCUACUCACAGAUAGGGGAUGAGGCUACUAAGAGGGCCCGAGCCACCAGGAGGAACCUGCUGCAUGUCCCCUACGGAGACGGCGAGGGGGAGAACCUGGACAUCUACUUUCCCGAGCGAGUGUCUGAAGCCUCGCCUUUCUGUGUGUUCUUCCAUGGCGGAUACUGGCAGAGCGGAAGUAAAGAUACAUCAGCCUUCAUGGUCAACCCACUGACAGCACAGGGAGUGGCCGUGGUGAUCGUGGCUUAUGACAUAGCCCCCAAAGGUACCCUGGACCAGAUGGUAGACCAAGUGACCCGGAGCAUCGUGUAUAUCCAGAAGCAGUAUCCACGCAACGAGGGGAUUUACCUGUGCGGACACUCAGCUGGGGCCCACCUGGCCGCCAUGAUGCUCCUGGCCGACUGGACCAAGCAUGCAGUCGCACCCAACCUCAGAGGCUUUUUCCUGGUAAGUGGGAUCUAUGACCUAGAGCCCAUCGUGUUCACCUCUCAGAACGGCCCUCUCCUCAUGACCCUGGAGGAUGCUCGGAGGAAUGGUCCACAGCAGCUCCUGGAGGCGGCCCUGACGCAGCCCGUGGAUCCCGCCUGCCACGUGCUGGUGAUCGUGGGCCAACACGACUCCCCCGAAUUCUCCCGACAGUCCAGGGAAUUUUAUCAGACACUGUGCAGAGGAGGAUGGAACGCCUCGUUUGAAGAACUCCACGAUGUGGAUCACUUUGAAAUCAUCUGGAAGCUAACCCAGGACGACUACGUACUCACCCAGGUGGGGCACAUCCCUUCACUGUGGAGGGCAUGGGUCCUGCCUUAGCACCCCCGGACAUACGGACAGGAGGAUGAUUUUGAGAACAAUCCUCCAGGAGCCCUGACAGCAUUGGACCCCCACCAGCGGGCACCCCGAUGGUGAAGCUCCCCCCAGGCCCCGCGGGCUUCCCCUUCCUGCCGAACUGGCCUCUCCCCACGCCCAGGAGCGCCUCCAUUUUCUCUGAACACCACUAAAAAUCUCCACGGCCUUUUGCUGGUCUGGAUACAUCAGAUCGAUUCAGAUGUGAAAGCUGAAUGUAGCAUGUAAUUUGAAACACUAAAAUAUUCAAAAAGCUUCCACGACGGAGGCACACGAGAAUGACAUUAUAGGAGUGACUUGAAUUUAUUCCAGAUCGUCAAAGGAAAUGAGUCACAAAGUGUGGGACUUCGUUUAACGUUUGCAACAAAUUCCUUGCGGGACACCCCACAGCUGCUGGCAGGAAGCCCAGGCUGUCUCCACACCUAGGUCAAGAAUUGCGCCCCCUAGGUCAUGCCCUGUCAAAGCAAAAUGCCUUAAACUAAGCAAAAGACAGAACAAAAAUGUGUCCGCCACCUCUAUGGUCCUAUUUUCACUUAAGAAGGAUGCAUAGACCUCUAUGUGGGCACGUGACAUACGAUACACAGAUAUCUAUAGAUCUAGAAAAAAGGACCAGCGGGAUAUACACAGGGUAACGGCAGUAAACAAAGCGAGAUCGUGGGAAAUUUUAAUUUCUUCCUCUCAUCUAAUAUAAAUGAUUGUAUUACUAUAAACAAUUGAAUAUAAAAGUUAUACUAAAUAGA